UUUGUCGGCGCAGGGCUCUGCACGUGUAUUUACAGUCUUUUCAAAUUAAUAGACAAAAUGGGAAAGAAUAAAAUUGAUGAUUUACCGGGGUUUCCUUCGCUGGACAAGGGAGGCAAUGGUGAGGAGAGUAAUUUAUUAAAAUCAAAACCCUCGGCUAAGGCCAAGAAAAGUGGUGGUUUCCAAUCAAUGGGUUUAAGUUUUGAGGUAGUCAAGGGUAUAACAAAACGUGGCUAUCGUGUGCCUACACCUAUACAACGUAAAACUAUUCCCUUGAUCUUGGAGGGACGUGAUGUUGUGGCUAUGGCUAAAACUGGUUCGGGUAAGACUGCCUGUUUCUUGAUACCUCUCUUCGAACGUCUUAAACGACGUGAUCCUACCAAGGGUGCCAGAGCAUUAAUUCUAUCGCCCACGCGUGAAUUGGCGGUGCAGACAUAUAAGUUUAUUAAGGAAUUGGGUAAAUUUGUGGAUUUGAAGACUAUUUUAGUAUUGGGUGGUGAUUCUAUGGAUUCACAAUUUUCUGCCAUACACACUUGUCCCGAUGUUAUAGUAGCUACUCCGGGUAGAUUUUUGCAUUUGUGUGUGGAAAUGGAUUUGAAAUUGAGUGCUAUAGAAUAUGUGGUAUUUGAUGAAGCAGAUCGUUUAUUUGAAAUGGGUUUUGGCGAACAGUUGAAUGAAACUCUACAUCGUUUACCACACUCCAGACAAAUGGUUUUGUUUUCAGCUACUUUACCUAAACAAAUGGUAGAUUUUGCCAGAGCCGGUCUAAGUGAUCCAGUUUUAAUACGUUUAGAUGUUGAAUCUAAACUGCCCGAUGCCUUAAGUUUAAAAUUUGUUUAUUGUCGUCCGGAUGAUCGUUAUACGACUUUGGUAUGUUUGCUCAAGUAUGUUAUACCUCAAGAUGCGCAAACUGUAGUAUUUGCUGGAACUCAACAUCACGUAGAACUUAUAUCAUUUAUCCUUACCGAAUCUGGUAUAAGCAACACAUCAGUUUACUCUAGUCUUGAUCCUUCGGCUCGUAAAAUCAAUACCGCUAAAUUUGUUAACAAAAAAGUAUCCGUAUUAAUCGUUACUGAUGUUGCUGCACGUGGUAUUGAUAUACCCAGUUUAGAUUAUGUAGUAAAUUUACAUUUUCCCGGUAAACCCAAGUUAUUUGUACAUCGUGUAGGUCGUUGUGCUCGUGCCGGACGCACUGGUACUGCCUAUUCAAUAUUCUCUACAGAUGAUACAGCUCAUAUGUUGGAUUUACAUUUGUUUUUGAAUCGUGAAUUCAAUAUCAAUGAUCCGACAGUUAUUGGUACAGUGCCUCAAGAUCUGUUGGAAGAGGAACAUUUGUCGGUGACCGAGAUAAAGAAAAAUACUAACAUAAGCGGUGUUUUGCGUACCAGUGAAAAUGCCUAUAAGAAAUAUCUUUCCUCACGUCCAGUAGCUUCCUCAGAUUCAAAUGCUAGAGUUAAGAAACUAAAAUUUUUCGCUCUAAAACCUUUAGAAGACUUUAUAGUCAGUGCUGUACCAAAAUUAGCAGCUGCUAGUGAAACUAAAACCUCAAAAACAGUGGAAGAGAUUACGGCCGAAGAACGUGAAUUGCAAAAUCAAAAACAUGAUUUAUUGUUAAAAAUGCGUAACUUUAAGCCGCAUAAUACUAUUUUUGAAUUGAACAACACCCAAAAAUCUGUGCCUUUUAUGGUCAUGAAACAAAAACGUUCUCAACAUUCAGAUGUUAUAGAAAAAUAUCGCACACAAAGAGAUGAGUUAGAUAGGGAGGAGGAAAAGCAGGCUGAACAAAUUGAAACAAAUAAGAAGUCCAAAAACAGUAAUGCCAACGAGGAAGAAAUCAAUUCAGCUUUUAAAAAAGUUUUUGCCCCUAAACGUCCACAAAAUAUGGAUGAUCUCUAUAAAGAGAAACCUAAGAGACAAAAAACCCACAAGAAAAAUACAAAUGUUAAAGAUACAGAAAACUUUAUACCCUAUCAAUCGGCUGAUAAACAUACCGAAGAUGGUUUAGCUAUAAAUUCAUUUGAACGACAAGCUAUGAAAGCAGAAUUUUCUGUAAUCGAUCGUGAAACUAAUGAAGUGCGUCAUAAGCCUGGUUUACAAAAAUGGGAUCGUAUUAAGAAGAAAAUGGUUUCCGUACAAGAUCCUAGAGCUGGAAAGAUACGUACAGAAUCAGGAGCCUGGAUUCCGGCAUCAUUUAAGACAGGACGUUAUAGCACCUGGAAGGAAAAGACGAAAAUCGAAGAACAAGUGGCCAAAGAAGCUGGCAGUGAUGAUGAUAGCUUUAAACCUUUGUCUCAUGAGAAACGUUAUCCCGUUAGUCGACAUGCUAGACACAAUGCUAAAGUGGAGGAAAAGAAACGUGCCGGCACGGGUAUGGGCAAAGAAUUACGUACCCCCGAACAGAUUGUUAAGUCACGUAUGCGUUUGGAAUUCAUUAAGAGACGUAAUGCUGAGAAUACAGAACGUAAGGCGGAAAAUCGUAAACGUAGUAUGCGUAAAAAUCAACGACCACGCAUGAUGGCAAAGGCUAAGGGUAAAAAGAAAUAGUUUUUUUUUCUUUUGGGUUUGUUUUCUUAAGUUUUGUUUAUCUAACUUUUAAGUAAAGUUUUUAACUAAUAAAAAAAAGUAAAAUAUAUAUAAAACAAAAAAUUU